AUGUCUUCUGAUUCCAAGCCUCGUGUGCCUCUGGUCAUCCUCGGGGCGGGGGUGACUGGACUUACCAUCGCCUACAUCGCUGCCUGUGACUCGGAUGUAAAUUUUGACAUCACGAUCAUAGCAAGAGAUAUGCCUGGGGAUUGGCAUUCUCAAGCUUGGGCAAGUCCAUUCGCGGGCGCAAGUUGGUCUCCAAAUCCGUUAGGCGCCACGGAUGAGCGUGUACGACGAUGGGAGCAGAUAACCUUUGAUAGGUUAUGGGACAUGGCACCAUCAGGCCUGGUCAAGAGAGCACCCGCCAAGGUCCUCGGGGAGACGGAUGGCCUUCUUUCUACUAUCUGGUGGCAAGACCUCGUGCGUGAUUUCAAAUUGCUUUCAGAGUCCGAAGUCCCUGCACCGUGCAAAGUGGGCGCUGCUUUCACCACGGUCUGCAUCAACCCUUUUGAAUAUUUACCAUGGCUUCGAUCGGAGCUCGAGUCUCGUGGCGUCGUGUUCCGUCGGCAAUACAUAAGGAGCUUGGACGAAGUCAAGCUUCUUGUGGGGAAAACCGGGUUGUUGGUCAACGCCACGUCUCUCGGUUCACGGUCUUUGAUCGGAGUAGAAGAUACAGCAAUGUAUCCGAUCAGAGGACAAUCUAUUAUAGUCGAGCGCACUGGCUUGGAGGAAUUUGUAACAGUUCGGUCUGGUGGCGGGUUGUCAGAACUACCCACAUCCAUUACUCCUCGCCCUGGGCUAACGCAAAUGAACACCGCGUCUCUGAACGGAACGUAUCAAGUAGGAAGCUGGGACACAUCUUUAGAUAUGUCAGCUGCAAGGGGGAUAUUUGAGCGGUGCUCCGUCAUAGCGCCAUGUUUGAAAGAAGAAGGGACGAAGAUCCUUAUGCACACCGUCGCUCUUAGGCCGGACAGGAAAGGCGGUCCACGUGUGGAAGCUGAGCGCAUCUCACUUCCCCUUGUUCGAAGUGACGGUUUAGCUCCCAACCCGAGUGGAGAUGCGGAACAACCGCAGGACAUAACGGUUAUUCAUGCAUAUGGAAUGGGAGCCACAGGCUACCAAAGAUCCUGGGGUGUAGCCAUUGAGGUUCUAUCUCUACUGAAGGAGAAUAUGUAA